UGUUAUCAUUAUAAACAAUUUUGUUAAUUAUUACGUUUUGCUGAUUAAAAAACACUCUUAACAUAUUUUAAAAUCACAAGGGCUAAGAGACGACUAUAUCAAUAUAUAUAGUUAAUAGCUAGAAAUCAUUUAGUAAGCAAAAUCUAUUCAAACACUUAAGAACCAAAUAAGGAAUAAAAAUGUCUUUAGCGAAUGAUGAACGUAUGCUGAAACAUCUGUUCGAUGGCAGUGAAUGGAAUGUUUACGAAUCAAAUAUUUUAAAUUUGGGUGUCGGAGCACCCGGCACCGAUUUAUUGCAAAAUUGUAGUGAGAUAUUUACAAAGGCCACAGAACAUCGUUUGAAAAUUGAAAAGGAAAAUAAUUCCUCAUUGUUAUUUCAAUAUGGACCCACUAGUGGCACCUAUGAGGCAAGAUCUGCAGUUGCCAAAUAUUUUACCGAAAUGUAUAAAAGUGAAGUGAAAAGUGAAGAUCUCUUUAUAACCAGUGGCGCCACACAAGGCCUUCAUGUCAUCCUAUCCACUCUAAUCGAUUUCAAUGGUUACAUUUUUGUGGAUGAAGUAACAUAUAUGAUUGCUUUGGAUACUAUUAAACAAUUCCAUACACUCAAUAUAAUACCCGUCAAACUAAAUGAAGAUGGUGUUGAUUUGCCUUUGCUGGAAAAAUUAGUUAAGGAAAAACAAUUUAAAUCGAAAAAUAAAGAAUUCUGGGGCAUGUAUUAUACAAUACCCACCUAUCACAAUCCUACAGGCAUAUUAUUCUCGCAACAAGUAUGUGAAGGUUUAAUCAAAAUGGCUCGUCAAUAUGAUUUCCUUAUUACGUGUGAUGAUGUCUAUAAUAUUUUGUAUUAUAAAGAUAAUGAAGCACCUAAGAGAUUAUUGGCAUAUGAUAAUAGAGAAGAUAAGGAAUUUAGAGGUAAUGUUAUAUCUAAUGGAAGUUUUUCGAAAAUAUUGGGGCCUGGCGUAAGACUCGGAUGGUUGGAGAUGCCGAAAAGGAUAAAAACUUUAAUAGAUGCAAGUGGCUUGGCAAAUAGUGGCGGCUGUUUAAACAAUUAUACUUCGGGCAUUGUAGCCAGUUUAUUUGAAUUAAAUUUGGGUCAACAACACAUACAAUGUAUGUAUGAUGCCUAUAAAGAACGCAUGCUAGCUACCAGUGAGGUAUUAACUAGAGAAUUACCCCAAGGCUGCAGUUCCUUAGCCCCUAGUGGUGGUUAUUUUAUAUGGGUCUCUUUGCCGGCUGAUUGUAGUGCCGUGGAAUUUUUAAAAGUUUGCAUGGCAGAGGAGAAAAUAUUCUUUAUUCCUGGUUCAAGAUUUUCUGCUAGUGCUGGAGGGGCUUCAAACUGCUUCAGAUUGUCUAUAGCAUUUCAUGAGAAGGCUAAACUACAAGAUGCUGCCCUUAGAAUUUGUAAAUGCUUGCAAAAGUUUUUGAAAAAAUAAUUUUGUUUUUAAUUCAGAGAAUUUUAAUUACAUUCUAAUAAAAUAUUUAUUUAGAUUAGAACUAUUAAAACAAA